UCACUUUCAUUUGGUGUUUUGCUGAACCUCGCAUAGCGGUCAGCUGACUAGUAUGGAUUUCCUAACAGACAUGGCAGAGGAAAUCCGUCCAUUUUUCCUGUCAGGAAGAGAUUGUUUACUUGUUCUCCUCUCUUUCGAAAUGGUGCGUGGUCAGUUAGAGAACCUCCCUUGCUCAACAGGAACAGACUGACACCUCAUUCCCCAAAAACAAGAAGAAUGCUACAGAACUCAGUGGACAUGAAAGAGUGAAACUACUCCAUCUUGCCUCAUAACGCAUGGUUUAAGGGAGGUUCAGGUGGAUUUUUUCAUGCAUGCUUAUCUUUGAGGAUUUUAGGAGUGCCCAAGUGCCCUUGAAAUCAGAAAGCAGCCAUGCGUUAUCUCUUCAUUUUAGGACUCAUAGUGCUGGAAAGUUUACAAAUUGAGGCCAGCUCGAAUCGCUGCGAUGAGCCACGCACUGUCCGCCACUCCACCCUGUGUACAUCUUGUGCUGCUGCACCUGCUAUCGUCUGCCCACAAGGCUUCAAGAAGACUUUGACUGAUGCUGAGUGCCGCUACACGGUGCAAAUUGGUGAUCAUCUAGUGGAGCUGCCUGGCUGCUCUCGCUCCUGUGAGAAAGUCACUCUCAUCAAGCGAUGCUGUCCUGGCUUCUUUGGGUCUCUGUGUUCACCGUGUCCUAGUGUGUCAGAGAAAGUAUGUAACUGGCAUGGUACCUGCAUGGAAGGUGAAUCAGGAAAUGGCACCUGUGUGUGUGAGGAGGGCUACACUGGUUAUGCGUGUCAGAAAUGUUCUAGUGAAAAGACCUACGGUGAACGCUGCAGCAAAGUGUGCAACUGUGUACAUGGAGAGUGUAAUUCGGGUACGGAUGGAGAUGGACAGUGUUACUGUCAACCACCAUAUUCAGGACCAAAGUGUGACCAAGUUACAUCUUCCUGUUCAGACUGUAGUCCCUACUCAUACUGUAAAGGAGAGGGUUCGAGUGCUCACUGUGAAUGCCUUCCAUCCUUUGCAAAGAAGGGACACACUUGUGUAGGUGUUUGCAGCAAGAAUGUUUGCAACAUAAAUGCAGAUUGUUCAUAUAAAGGUGAAGGGAAAUUUGAGUGCACAUGCAAAACUGGCUUCGAGGGAGAUGGCAAAUUUUGCACCCAGAUCAACUCUUGUUCUCGAAAUAACGGAGGCUGUCCAACAAACUCCACUGUUUGUGAACACACAGGACCAGGCCAGUCAAUAUGUGUAUGUCAGAGUGGGAUGGAAGGAUCAGACCCUCGUGCUGGCUGUAGGCUGAAAUCUGCCUGUAUGGAGAGCACAUGCCACAGGAGUGCACGAUGUGAAACUGGCCAAGAUGGAAUAGGCAGAUGCAUCUGCAGUCAUGGACAGAUCAGUGAUGGGUGGCGCUGUUAUGGAAAUAUCAUGGAGCGUGUUUUGGAACUGGAUCAGGAAGGCAGCCAGGCAGGAAACCUCACCGGAAGUAUUGCAUUGUUUGAGAGAGGAUGUAAGCUCAUUCUGAGCAAGCAUGGGCCAUUUACAGCAUUCAUCCCAGUGGAUACAUCACAAAUAUCUAUGGGCAAUCUUAACCAGGCAAGAAGAGCAGAAGCCAUCUGCAAACACCACCUCAUUCUCGGCCAGCAUCGAUACAAAGAUUUGGAGGGACAAGACUUAUGGACAUAUGGAGGGGAAAUUAUGAGAUUUAAACCAAACAAGAAGUUUAUUUCAAAAAAUGAUCCUGAUACACUGUUCGUGAUAAUCAAGAGUGACAUACCUGCAUCUAAUGGAAUUAUUCAUAUUGUGGACAAAGUGUUCACUUUUGCUACUAUAGACACUUCUGACACUGUUGAGUUCUCUUCAAAAACCAUUGGGGACAUUAUUGCAGAAGAUACCAGAUUCAAUAGAUUUGCAUCUCUGAUAGAUAACUGUGGUGCUCUAAUGCCACUCCAAGGUCCAGGGCCACUCACACUGUUUGCUCCAAACAAUAAAGCCGUGGACAGAUCUAGGGAUGGUAGUAUUAUAUACAUGCUAAAGGAUGCCAAGCACAAACUUCAGGAGCUUCUGAGGCACCAUAUGUUCUCUAAGGCAGCAGUAACUGUGGAUCAGCUGGCUAGCAUGACAGAGAUCCAAACCAUGGCUAAUCAAGUCAUAAUAAUCAAUGCCACUGGUGAUGGAAGAUUGUUGCUCACUGAAAAAGGAAUACCUCUUGAAGUGAAAGAUAUUGUUGCAUCCAAUGGAAUCAUUCACAUAAUUGAUGGACUUCUUGUGCCGCCAUCCAUCAUUCCGAUCAUGCCACAUCGGUGUGAUGUUAAUGUGACUACCAUCAUUAUGAGUCCAUGUGUAAUGUGUAAAUAUAUUUCUCAGUCAAAAUGUCCACCUGGAAGCGAGGAAGAGUCUGGCCGUUUUCAAAGUUGUGAGCCUUCUGAUCUAUUACGGAGUCAAUUUUCCACCAUACGAGGCUGUGCAAAAUAUUGCAGAGCAAAUCAAACGAGGGCUGAAUGCUGCAAGGGCUUCUUUGGGCCUGACUGUAAGCCCUGUAUUGGAGGUUUCCAACACCCAUGUUAUGACAAAGGCACUUGUUCUGAUGGGAUUCAUGGCGAUGGCUCAUGUAAAUGUAACCCAGGCUUUAUGGGCAUUGGCUGCCACAUCUGCUCUGACCCAAAGAAACAUGGAGAAAACUGUGAUGAAAAUUGCCGCUGUGUUCAUGGUGUGUGUGAUAACAGGCCUGGGAGUAAAGGUGUGUGUCGCAAAAACUCCUGUCUGUCUGGAUACACUGGAGAGCUGUGUGACCUCACAGCCACGCUCUGUGAUUCGGAUGGUGCCUUUGAACACUGCCAUAUCCAUGCUUACUGUACACGCAUCAACGACAUAAACAUGUGUGUGUGUAAUCCUGGAUAUGAUGGAGAUGGAUACUCCUGCACUGAAGCUAACCUGUGCCUCAAACCUGACAGAGGAGGCUGCAAUGUAAACGCACAGUGUGUGUAUGCUGGCCCUGGAAAUGUUUCGUGUGUAUGUAAUGAGGGGUGGACAGGUGAUGGUGUUGUGUGUGUGGAGAUUAACAACUGUUUAAUGGAGAAUCGUGGUGGCUGUCAUGAAGACGCUGACUGCACCCCCACAGGACCUGGCCAGAGUGAAUGUGCCUGUAAGAAGGGAUUCAUGGGAGAUGGCAUCAUGUGCCAGAUCGUUAACCCCUGCCUGACAGACAAUGGAGGCUGCCAUGAAAUGGCAGAAUGUUCAUUUAAUAGAAGCAGCAUACACAAGUGUACUUGCCUACAAGAUUAUGAAGGAGAUGGCGUCACAUGCUAUGGGAAUAUACUGAUGGAGCUAGAGGGGAACUCAGAUUUCUACAUUUUCAACCGCUAUUUACAAAGACACCCAGUGAUCAGUGCUGAGAGCAAUGUGACUGCAUUAGUUCCCUCCCGGGAAGCAUUUAUAAAUCUGAGUAACGCAGAGGAGCUGUUUUGGACUGACUUUUACCGCCUUCCUUACAUCCUAGAAGCUCACUUUUUGGAUGGCAUUUACAGUUAUGAUGACUUGAUGAAGCAGGUCAAUAAAACAGUCCAAACUAAAUCCAAGACAAAAUGGGAGAUCACAGUUAAAAACGGGGAGCUUAUGAUCAAUAAUGCUACAAUUCUUGUCCCAGAUCUUCAGGCAACCAAUGGGUUCAUUCACGUCAUCGAUACAGUUCUGAAACCACCCAUUUCCGACAUCCCUCCUCCUCCCCCUGAUCUCAUGGAGGUCCUAAAUAAGACUCCCUCAUUCAGCCUGUUCAGGGAAGCAGCACUGCUGUACAAUUUAACAGAACGCAUCACAACGAGGGACUUCACUAUCUUUGUUCCAUCUGACAAUGCAGUUAAGGAUUACCUGGAGAAAACAAAUUCUACACACCUGGAUGAAAACAUUGUGAAAUAUCAUGUCAUUCCAAAAGAGCAGCUUUUCCCUGAACACUUGACUGAUGGGACAUUAAAAUAUACGCUGCUUGGGAAAGAGUAUCAAAUCAUGAUUCAUUUAAACAGUGAAAAUAAGACACUCAUUAAUGAUGUAGCAUUGGAUGGGAACUUCACUGAGAUAAGGCACGGUGUCAUCAUCAGUGUCUCCCGGGUUUUAGUGAUUCACAAAAACUACUGCAGCAAAGAUAUGUACACAAAAACCUUUGGAAGAUGUGGUGCAUGCGACUCACCUCCCAAAUGCACAUACAGAGGAAAGCCUGUGAAGGAUGAAUUCCCUUUGAAUAUGAAGCCCAAUUGUAGAUACAGGAAAAGAGUAGGAAGAAGGAGAAAAUCAGUGCAAGGUUGCAUGAUUGACUGUAUAAAAAUUGUACAGGAUCAUGCCUGCUGCCCAGGAUACUUUGGACGUGACUGUUUUAAAUGUCCGGGAACUGUGGACAACUGGUGCUCAAACAAUGGCAAAUGCCAGGAUGGACUUUGGGGCAGUGGGGAGUGUCUAUGUUAUGAAGGGUUUCAUGGCACAGCUUGUGAAAUGUGCGAGCCUGGAAGAUAUGGCAAAGACUGCAAAUCAGAAUGUCACUGUGAGCAUGGAAAAUGUCUGGAUGACAUAGAUGGUAAUGGGCAGUGCAUCUGCUACAAAGGUUGGAAAGGAGUGAACUGUUCUGUAGAGAUCGUUAAUGAUGCAUGCGGAGGCAUUUGUGAUCAAAAUGCCAACUGUUUUUCUCCGAGUUCAGGAGUAAAACCAAUGUGUAUUUGUGUGGCGGGUUACCAUGGAAACGGCACCUUCUGUCAAGAAACUGACUUGUGUGCCGUCAAUAAUGGUGGUUGCUCAGAACAUGCAACAUGUACAAAAAUCUUACCUGGAGAAAGGAGCUGCACAUGUAAUAAAGACUAUACUGGAGAUGGAACUGUGUGUCUGGAGAUGGAUCCCUGUCUAGUUAAUAACGGAGGAUGUUCUGAAAAUACAGACUGCAUCAAAACCGGACCAAACACAGCUGCAUGUGUUUGUAAACCAGGCUUCGCUGAACGAAGAAAUUUCUGCAUGCCUGUAAAUCCCUGCUUAAAGGACAAUGGAGGCUGCAGCGUCAAUGCUCUGUGUCGGUACACCGGCCCAGGUGAGAGGAACUGCACAUGUCGAUAUGGCUACAAAGGAGAUGGUAUCGAGUGUAUGGGAAGUGUCAGUAGAGAGCUUCUUCACAAAACAGAGGCUAAUUGGUUCCGGAGAAAUCUUGCAAACUCAAGAGUCAGGGAUUUGUACAGUAGAGGACCAUUCACCAUAUUUGUUCCUCACACAGAUUACAUAGGAAACUACUCGAUUGGCCUAUGGGAAAGUAAAAAUCGCAGCCCAGAUCUGUUGCGAUACCACAUUGUAGGCUGUGAAGAACUCUCAGAAUCAGAACUUAAGUCUAUAACACGUGUGGUCGCUGCUUCUGGGCAUGUAUUGAAUUUCAGCGUACGAAAUGGUGCUGUGUACAUUAACGGUGAUACAAAAAUAAUCACUAGUGACUAUGAAUGCUUUAAUGGAGUCAUACAUUUCAUAGAUAAAGUCCUCAUUCCAUAUGAACUGAAGAACGAAACUGAAGGGGUUCAAAAUUCUUUGAAUGUUACUGACGCAGCAGAAGCAUAUGGAUAUACCAUGUUUGGAAAGUUGCUACAGAAAGCCAACUUGAUGACUAUGCUGCAGCAUACAGCAUUUCAUCCUUUCACCAUAUUCUGGCCUACUGAUAAAGCAGUCAGUAGUCUGCCACAGGAGCAGAAGAACUGGCUGUACAGUGAAGAUCAUCUUGACAAGCUGCAGGCCUACUUGAAAUUUCACAUAGUUCGUGACCAGCGAACAGUUGCCGUUGCCCUGCCGGCAGAAAAAACAGUCCGAACAAUGUAUGGAUCAUGGCUGACUUUCAGCUGCAGUCAAGAUGUAACUGGGGAUAUUUUAAUCAAUGGAAAUGAUGCCAAAAUUGUAGAACGCCAUCUACAAUUCAUUUCAGGAGUGGCUUAUGGUAUUGACAAGGUUCUAGAGCCCCCAAAUAUAGGAGCACACUGUGAUGACUUUUCAGCUAUAGAGAUUAAAGGUCGCUGUGGAUCUUGUUUAUAUCCACCAUCUUGCCCCUAUGGCACUGUAUUCUCUAACAAAACCAACAUUUGCAGAAGACCAAUGGGCCCCUACAGACGCCAUUAUUUUUAUGAUCAUUUCGACUAUCCUGGCCAAUACCCUUUUCAGUCAUAUGGCUGUAACCGAAUGUGCACGAAAAUGUCGUGGAUUUCAAAGUGUUGUAAGAACCACUAUGGACGAGACUGUCAAGUCUGUCCUGGAGGCUUGGAGGCACCGUGUGGAGGUCAUGGUGAUUGUGAUGAUGGGCGAUAUGGAACGGGGACUUGUAGAUGUCACACUGGUUUUAAUGGAACAGCAUGCGAGUUGUGUAAAAAGAAUCAUUAUGGCUCUAACUGUACAGCCUGUACGUGUACUGAUAACGGGAAGUGUGAUGAUGGCAUAGACGGUGAUGGUAGCUGUUUCUGCCAGGAGGGCUGGACAGGAGUGAUGUGCGAGUCCAAAAUCGUUGUGGAGCCUGUUUGUUCCCCGGAGUGCCACUCUAAUGCUGUUUGCCUGCCUGACAAUCAGUGCCAAUGUCAACCGCCAUAUGAAGGAAACGGCUAUAAAUGCACAGCUCCAGAUCUGUGUAAUGAAUAUAAUGGAGGCUGUCACGUGCAGGCUGAUUGCAAACAGUCAGAGACCAGAGUGAUAUGCUCUUGUAAACCUGGCUACACUGGAGAUGGCAUUGACUGCUCCCCUAUCAACCUCUGUGUUGAGGAAGCUAAUGGUGGCUGCAGUGACUUUGCAAACUGCAUUUUCAUUGGACCUAAUGAGCGGCGAUGCGAAUGCCUCCAAGGAUAUGUGGGCAAUGGCAUCCAGUGCUUCAAGAAGGUGGUGCCACCUGUCAAUCGCUGUCUGGAGAACAAUGGUGGCUGCAAUGCCAAUGCGAUCUGCAAAGACUUGCAUUUUCACACCAAAACAGCAGGUGUCUUCCACCUGAGAUCACCAGCUGGGAUGUAUAUGAUGAACUACAGCACAGCAGAGGCAGCCUGCAAAGCUGAGGGAGCCACACUCGCUACUCUGUCCCAACUCUCUGAUGCUCAGCAGUUAGGUAUGCACUUGUGUGUUGCCGGAUGGAUUGAUGGGAAACAAGUGGGUUAUCCAAUCCGCUUCCCAGCUCCUAAAUGUGGUUUAAAUAAAACGGGUGUAAUCCAGUACAAGAAUCCUAACGUAAACACUCCCUAUGAUGCUUACUGCUACAGAAUUAGAGAGGUAACAUGUGAAUGUGGACCUGGAUAUGUUGGCGAUGGAGAAUUCUGUAAUGGCAAUCUCGUCUCUGUCAUCGCUACCCAUUCUAAUGUCUCCAUAUUUUACUCUAUGUUAGUGAAGUAUGCAGAGGCUGCUGAAGAGGGGAAAAAGCUCUUGGACUCCCUGUUGACCAGUUCAUCAAACAUAACUCUUUUUGUGCCACAUAAUGCAGGAUUUUCUUCAAAUGAGGCUCUGUCAUUGAGGGAUAUGGAAUAUCACGUAUCCUCAAACAACAGCCUUCACUACUAUGAAGAUCUGAAACACAACACAGCGAUCCCAUCAAGGCUGGGUUACAAUCUUAAAGUUGUAAUAGCAACAGACAACCAAACACAGGCUGAGGAUUCCCCACCAGUAAAAUUGGUCAAUAAACGGACAAUAUUAAUCUGGGAUAUUCCAGCCACUAAUGGCCUGAUCCACAUCAUUGAGGGACCGCUAAAAGCACCUCCUGUCAUUGUGACCCCUCUAACUCCUUCAACUGUGUACUCUCAGUCCAGUGCACCCACUGUGACUGCCAUUUUGAUUGUUAUUUUUAUUGGAGGCGUGAUUGCUGGUGUGGCAUAUUAUUUCCUGAAACAUAAGAGUGAUGGCUUUCGCUUCCAGUAUUUUAAGAAUGAUGAUGAAGAUGGUGCCUCCACUAAGACCAGUGCCAACCCUGCUAUUGUGUCCAUCCCGAACCCUUUAUACAGCGGCUACAGGGCAUUCACUGAACCAUUUGGGGAAGGAGAGCAAUGUGAAUCACCUGCCUCAGUUGCAGCAAACGCACCAAACCUCCUGGAGUAGUACCCAGAAGUUCCAUAUAUAUAUAUAUAUAUAUAUAUAUAUAUAUAUAUAUAUAUAUAUAUAUAUAUAUAUAUAUAAAGUUUCAGUCAACAUUUUGUAAACAUUUCCUUCAAGCAUGUUGUGUCUGUUACAUAAGCCUGAACUUUUCCCCUCCAGCCUUGUUAAUUAAUGAAUGCUUCAGUUAGCAAAACCUUGCAGAUUUAGAACAAUAAUAUUAUCUUAGGUUUAAAAGUUGUGUUUAUUCAAACCAACUUACAUAUGAGGCAGAAUAGAAUACAAGAACAGACCUGAGUAGUUGAUGGUUGAGACUCAAGGGCCCAACAGAUUUUGCCAGUCAUUUUUUUUGUUUGUUUGAAUUCAGAACUGAAAUGCUGCUGCUUCUAAUUAUCAGUGACUCAAUAACUUGGGGAGUGGGCCCAGCUGUAUGGGGGCAAGAUGGGCCUGGCCCACCCACCCAAGGGGAAAAGAGAGAUUAUUUAAAAAAAAAAAAGGUGUAAAGUGUGUGUGUGUGUGUGUAUAUAUAUAUAUAUAUAUAUAUGUGUAUACACACACAAAUUUUAUAUAUAUAAAAUAUACACACAUACCCAAACACACACAUUAUACAUAUAUAAAGUAAGCGUGUGUGUGUGGGGUAUAGUAGUUAGCGCUGUCACCUCACAGCAAGAAGGUCUGGGUUCGAACCCCAUGGCUGGCGAGGGCCUUUCUGUGCGGAGUUUCUGGCAUCCACACGGCACCGGCGUUUUGGGUGCCCCAAAACGAAAUCUUUUGAGAACGGGUCCCAGAGUGGAAAAAUCUGGCAACGGCACCAUUGCGAAGUCGUCUGGAUGAGUUGAACGGAUUUAUUUCCGAUGACGUGACAACCACAUGACUGUCAGUUUCUUCACGCCGGGUAGAAGUGUAACGAAUUCGAUGCGAGUUGUCAACAAAUCCUAUAACUUGGUUCAUGAAAUGCGCUUACAAAAUAUUUUCACUGUGAAUAUUUAUUGUGUAAUGGUGCAAAGUGAGAGAGAGAGAGUGAAAGGGCAGAGUCUUUAGUCCGCAGUAACCAAAACCGCGCACCGCCCGUGCGCUUUCCAAAAACAAUCCCGCCAGCAAAAAUAGGAAAAAAAAGGAGCGAUCUCACCUCUUCAGAUGUUGGUUUAAGUCCGACAAUACAUUCCUCAAAAAGGGUGUAGAAGAGCAGAGUAAUCCAUCAACAUGUAGCAUUCAAUUUAUUCCAGACCAUUAAAGAAUUCUGGAGGAUAUCAGAAUGUUGGCGUACCGGCUUCCAUCCAACCCCAUUCAUUCCUCUCUCUCUCCAUCUACCCCCAUUCAUUCCUUUUUCCACGUCUUUCGUUUUACACUACUGAUUAAUGAUCAAAACUUUAUGUGGCUAAUGCUAUAGAAGAAGGGGUUUAUGCGCAUGCGUCUACUACUUCUAUUGUUCUGGUGUCUCCGAUGGGACCGUCUUACAGCGCACCUAGAGGUGUGGCAUGUGUAUUGCAUCAUUUUCAGCAAGCAUUCCGUUCCCAUAUGGACCUUAUAUUUUUCUGAUCCGUUGCCCAUGUGGACGCGAUAUUUAAAAAAAAAAAAAAAAAUCUCUUUGCCGUUGUCGUGUGGAUGUAGCCUAAAUUGACCGUAGGUGUGAAUGGUUGUCUGUGUCUACUAUGUGUCAGCCCUGUGAUGAGAUGGUGACUUGUCCAGGGUGUUCCCUGCCUUUUGCCUGUAGUCAGCUGGGAUAGGCUCCAGCUUGCCUGCAACCCUGUAGAACAGGAUAAAGUGGCUAGAGAUAAUGAGAUGGAGAUGAGAAUAUGAAAAAAAAAAAUAUAUAUAUAUAUAUAUAUAUAUAUAUAUAUAUAUAUAUAUAUAUAUAUAUAUAUAUACAUAUACAUACACACACUACCGUUCAAAAGUUUGGGGUCACUUUGAAAUUUCCUUAUUUUUGAAAGAAAAGCACUGUUCUUUUCAAUGAAGAUCACUUUAAACUAAUCAGAAAUGCACUCUAUACAUUGCUAAUGUGGUAAAUGACUAUUCUAGCUGCAAAUGUCUGGUUUUUGGUGCAAUAUCUACAUAGGUGUAUAGAGGCCCAUUUCCAGCAACUAUCACUCCAGUGUUCUAAUGGUACAAUGUGUUUGCUCAUUGCCUCAGAAGGCUAAUGGAUGAUUAGAAAACCCUUGUACAAUCAUGUUAGCACAGCUGAAAACAGUUUAGCUCUUUAGAGAAGCUAUAAAACUGACCUUCCUUUGAGCAGAUUGAGUUUCUGGAGCAUCACAUUUGUGGGGUCGAUUAAAUGCUCAAAAUGGCCAGAAAAAUGUCUUGACUAUAUUUUCUAUUCAUUUUACAACUUAUGGUGGUAAAUAAAAGUGUGACUUUUCAUGGAAAACACAAUAUUGUCUGGGUGACCCCAAACUUUUGAACGGUAGUGUAAGAUAUGGACAAAAGUGAAACUGACUCAGGCAUACUUGGACUUCUGAUGUAAUUUACAGUGGUAUAUUUGCUUCAUAAGUGAACUUUGCCAAAAUACUAUAAUAAAAUUAUUGCUCAGCUUUUAAAGCAUCUGCAAUGUCAUUGGAUUCUCAGGAUUGCCAGAGAAUCACUGUUGGGUUCUAAACCCUUAACUGUUCAGCUUUGUCCAUAGAUGAGAUUCUGCCUCAUUUGUGAGUUAUUAAGAAUAAAAUAUUCAAAUGUUUGCAAAAUGUAUCUUAAGCCAAAAUGGAGAAAGCCAACAACAAAUACUCCAUUCAUCUGGUAGUUUCAGAUGUCCUGAUUAUCAAGAUUAUAUCCAGACAGAAAUUAUCAAGAUGAAAAUGCAAAUUUAAAUGUACUCAAGAUGUAUUUUAAAUGGAGUUAAAUCUGAUCACUGAAACCACUUUUUUAGCAUGAUAUUACAUACAUGUAAACACAUCCUAAAUAAAUACAUUUGUCUGAAACACUUCUGACAAAUACAACCCCAAAUCUGAAAAAGUUGGGACAGUAUGGAAAAUGCAAAUAAAAAAGAAAGCAGUGAUUUCUAAAUUUA